AAAAACAUCUAGCUAAAUGUAGGAGGCUAAUAUCUUGGAGUCAAAAAGCCAAAAAAAAAAAAGGAAUAGAGCAAAAUAUCUCUGGAGUCUGGACUUCGCUAGAAAAACCUUAACAUCCAUUCACCAUUACAUUCCAUCUUCCUCUUCACAAGGGCAGCUCUGUUCCUACGCUCUCCACCAUGUUGCGGAGGCGCAUUUUGCAGGUUUCAAGGCCUCGAUCAUUCGAGAGGUUUCCAGCUCAGAUUGUGAACCAGGUUCCAUCGUGUCUAUCUUUGAGAAAAGAAUUCUCGGUUCAAUCACCACAGAACAGACCUCAAGGAUCAGAUUCAUCUGGCAAGCCCUCCAAUUCUGGAGGUCUUCUGUCAAAAUUUGCCAUUGGGAGUGUUGCAUUAGGUGCUGCAUUCAUGGCAGCUUAUCAAACUGGCUAUUUGGAUAAAUAUCUAAUCAAAGAGCCACCAAAUAAAGUACAUGAAUUAACAAAUGAUGCUGCCAUAAUUGCAGACCAAGAUGAUUCAAAAGAAUAUAAAGGCAUCAAACAUGAUAGUGGACAAUUAGAAAACCCAAAAAUUGAGCCUAGUGUGUCUGAGUCAAAUGUAUCAACUCCUAGUGUAGGGGAAAGCUCAAAUGUGUCUACUCCUGAUGUGGGGCAUUCUACAGAAAGCUCCAAGAGUUGUUCAUACCUCUCUCAGUCAGAAGAUACAAGCAUAAACCAAGAUAAGAGCCAGUAUCAGGUUAGCAGUUCCCCAGAACUUACUCAUGAAGAUGCCAAUAAUAUCCAUGCUAAUGAGCAUGUGAGCUCCCACAGUAUCAUGUCAUCUGACAUUGCAAAAGAUGAUUUUACUCUGCCUGACGAGAGACUGAGCUUCAAAACCCCAGAUGUGACUCCGAAUACCGAACAUCAUGAUAUAGUUGAAAUUUCUCCAACACUUGAACAAGCCGAAAUAGUUCCCAAAAGUGAAGCAAACUCCACACACACACAGCUUGUGAGCAUUCAAAGUGAACAACAGCAGAAGGCUCCCCAUGACCUAUCCACACCACUUGGUUCACUCCUUGAUGAAUACUAUCUCAGACAUAAGGAUGAAGCUCCUGGAUCCGCUUCCUCCAACAAGGCUAUUGAAGAUCUAAAUGGGGCUUACUUAUCAAAGGAUGGGAAACUGGUUCUUGAUUUUUUGCAAGCUAUUCAUGAAGCAGAGAAAAGGCAGGCAGAGAUUGAUUCCCAUCUAUUCAAUGAAGAAAAGCGGAUAAUGAAGGAGAAGUAUGAAAAGGAAUUAAAGGACGCAAGGGCCAGAGAGCUUAUGUAUGCUGAAAAGGAAGCUUUACUUGAUAAGGAAUUAAGGAAAGAAAAAGGCAGGGCAAUUUCUGCUCUAAAAUCACUUGAAGAAAAUCUGCAUGAAAAACAUAGGAAGGAGCUUGAAGAAAAGGAAACUGAAGCUGAGCUAAGCAUAAGAAAAACACAAGAGUUGGCAAAAGCAGAAUUGGCUUCAGCUAUUGCAAGGGAGAAAGCAUCCCAAAUAGAAAAGAUGGCUGAGGCAAAUCUUCAUAUAAAUGCCUUGUGCAUGGCUUUCUAUGCACGUUCUGAAGAAGCUAGGCAGACUCAUUCUGUUCACAAGCUCGCUUUGGGGGCAGUUUCAUUGGAAGAUGCCUUGUCCAAGGGGCUACCAAUUCGGAAUGAAAUACAGGCUCUCGACUCUUGUCUUGAAGGGAUUGAUAAUGAUUCUCUUCUAAAGUUAGUUUUCUCUUCUCUUCCUGAAGAAACACAAAAGUAUGGCACCGACACCUUAUUGCAACUGAAUCACAAGUUUGAUGAUUUGAAAGGAUCCAUCAGGCAUUUUGCUCUGAUUCCUCCUGGCGGUGGUGGGAUUUUGACGCAUUCUUUGGCUCAGAUCACAUCUUGGCUAAAGGUUCGCGAGGAGAACCGAUCAGGGGAUGGCAUUGAAUCUCUUAUUAACAGAGUACAGACUCUUUUAGCUGAGGAGAAGCUAAUUGAAGCUGCAGAUGAGCUGGAAAAAGGCGUGAGGGGAACUUGUGCGGCGGAGGUUGUUGAUGAAUGGAUCAGGCGCACCAGGAACAGAGCCAUCACCGAUCAAGCUCUAACCCUAUUGCAGGCUUAUGCAUCUACUAUUAGUUUAACCUGAAAGCCUUGGGGUUCCUUGGGGAAAACCCAGCCUUUCAAUAAGAGGGAGAUUUCACGAGUGGCUACGACCUUAUUCUUUUGUUGUCAUCCGAGUACAUCUCCUCAACUUAGCAAUUUUUUGUAUGCCAGAUUCCUAUACAGAGAGGUGUUAUUGGGGUUUGCACAUGUAUCAAACUAAAGCAACAUUGGAUAUACUUGACAACAUUUUUUUAGUUAGCCACUUAGCCACUGGUGGUGGUUUCCUAGUCACAAGAAACUGUAAUCCAGUUCGGAAAUUGGAAACGUUGCACUUAUUUGAAGUAUUUGAAAGCUUUCUUAAAAGGAAAAUGAACUAUUAGAAUAUGGAACGAGUAUUCUUUUGGGUGGAUAAGGAUGUGUUUACUUGGAUUUAAA